AACAAAGGCGGGAAAAGGGGCAAAAUUACACUUUUUUUUUGGUAGACUCAUUAAUUCGUUUGUCAGUAGUGCCUGCAGCAGGGCUCAACUAACAGCUAAGAAAUCGACUCUAUCAAGACUUUUUCGUUAUUUUUGGGAUCUAGAUUUGAUGUGUUGUGUGGUGUGGUGAGAAGUGGCAUCAUUAUUGCCCAGUGUGUGCUCUCCAGAGGGAGCCCUCCCAGGGUGCUCUGUCCCUUCCUGCUGCGAAAGAGACUCUGGUCCCAAGUGUUAAUCUCACUUCUCUGGGAGAUUAAAAGAAAAAGGUGGUUUCAUCUCCAGGCAACACCCUGUGCUAAAAAAAAAAUGGUUUCUGUGCAGUAGUCCUAGAAAGGAGAUCCAAGGAGAUAAGAUCAGACUGGAAUGAGAUAACAUCAGCCAAAGAAAUGGUGCUGGAAUCAACAAUCAGGAAAGCAAGCACAUAUUAAUUCAGUAAGUGUGAAAGCUACAGGGCCUGUUGGGCUGGUCCCUGCUCAGUCACCUGUGGAGAAACACACCCAGGAGGAACCCGGCUGCCCCGCGGGCACACAGAGCUCGGCUCUGCCAUCACCUUCACCAGGAGAACUGCAGGUAUCCUUGUGCAGCUCAAUAGGUCUGGCUGAGCCCAGCACCUGCAGAGCCUUUGCUGGAAAAUAAAGGUUUGUCCCUGAGGCAAUCUGCAUGUGGAAACAACCUCCUCCGGCAGAGAAAAUGGGCCAGAAGGUCUCCCAGGAGGACAACCAGGAAAGCAAGGCUGAAACUUUGGUCAUCUGUGAAGUCUUCAGCCAGGGUGUGCUCCAUGCAUCUCAGAGGCUGAAGGAUUAUCUGGGUUUUGUGGAUCCUCAAAGCAAAUUCCAGCCGGCCACGAACACGCUGAGCGAGAUCUUCCUGGUCAACUUCAUCGACUUCUGCGUGGGAAAGGGCGUGGAGGAGCGGAUCGUGACCAGCAAAAUGACCAAGCAGCAGUCCUCCCUGUUCGGAGUGGACUGGAUCUGGACUCUGUGUGGGCUUGAGAAGCAGAUCAAGCUGCAGAUCGCCGUGCAGGCUCUGCAGCCGGCCGAGCUCCUCCACGGCGAGGGCGCUGCCGAGGAUUGCUGCCGGGAGGCCGCGCUGGCCGACGAGUGCUUCCAGAACAUGAGCAGGUUUGAGAAGCUGGCCGAGUUCUGCCGCCUGGUGGGACGGGACUGCCUGGGCUUGUUCGUCAUGUUCGGCGUGCCAGGGAAGCCCAAGGACAUCCGAGGAGUCCUGCUGGACAGCGUUGCCAAGGAGGAGCAGAAAUGCCGCCUGUCGGGCAGGAACGCGCUGCGGCAAUUUGUCACCAGCACUGACAGCUCCCUGCCCACAAAAGACAUGCUGGAAAAUUGCCUGGGCACCAAAAACAGGCUGAAGGACGUGGGCAAUGUGUACGUAAACUUUGUGUGAGCAGCUGGGCAGGAGCAGCGGCUCCAUGCAGCGCCGGGGGCCAUGCGGGGCUCAGCUCUGCCCCUCUCUCUCUGCUCCCCACCCUCCAUUCCCUCCACCUUCCCCUCGACCCAUCGUGUUCCCUUCGCUCCUGCAGAAGCCAGGCUGAGUCAGCCUCUCCAGGUUAUAAAGCAACGGGACAGACCUGCCAGAAAAAUGUGUUUAUAGAAGGCACGACGUUUUUCCAGAACAUUUUGUUCGCCAGACGUUAAGUCUUGGCUGGAGCGGCUGAAAGCUUUGUCAGCCAGAGCUCUGGGGAGGUCCUGGUGGAUUUGACUCAGAGCCUUUGUUUGCAGUGUGGCAGAUUUUCUUUUUCUGUCCUAGGAGGGUGAGUCUGUAAUAAUGGAAAUGUGCUGGUGCGGGUCAGAAGAGUUGUAAUGAGUGUGAAGGACAAUACCAGGCCUUAAAAUGACUGAUUUGAAGAAGUGAGUUGGUUUCAAUUAAGGGGAAAAGCCCUUUCCCAGUGCCAGAAAUGGGCUCUGAGAGAGACUUAUUAAUUACCUUCUCCCUAAUUGGUGCCAGGCUCCACAGGGCCUUGGAGCUGUGAACUAAAGGCAGGGCUGGAGCCAGCUUCAAAGCUUUUCUCACUGAGUGGCUGUGUCAGGACAAGGUGUGGCAAAAGCUACAGGUGUUCAAGAACACUUGGGAAAAAUUGAGCAGUGGGGACAAAAAACAGGCCUGACGUGGCUGGGACCUUUUCAUAGCAACAGAGGCAGCCGCUGACCAUUCACACAACAGAGAGCAAAUCUGGAGGAGGCAAGAUUAUGUCACUUGGAAAUUCUUUUCAGUAGCUUAGCAGUUGAUGGCACUUAUGGGCUUGGAUCUUUUCUAUUUCCCUCUGCUUUUUCUGGACUAAGUCAGGCUUUUGGGUUAUGCAGCUAUAAGUAUUUGCUGUACUGUUAACCAGCGAAGGAGGACCUGAUCCAUAUUCCAGCUGGUAAACGCACUUUGGUUAUGGCUGUCUGAAUUGUGUCAGUGCAAAACUCAUCUGCCUCUAAUUUUUAUGUAAAUUCAGUCAUUUAACAACAAAAAUAAUUUUGAAAUCACAUUGAUCUUUCACUAUUUACCAUUGUAAGACGGGGGCAGCUGUGAGAACUGAGAAUCAGAGGCUGUUACUUAGAGAGCCAUUAAAAAAAAGCCUAAAGAGGUUGAGGCAUCAGUGCCACGAGUGUUUGCAGCAUUCCAUGGCAGAGGCAGGGAAAGGGGAACUGAAAUAAAAACAAACACAGGGAACUGUGACAAAUUUUUGCUGAGUCACAAACGUAGCUGGGUUUGGAGGAGGGUGACCUUUCAGUCCUGAAACAGUUCAUUAAGACAGAAUAGUUUCUAAAGAGCUGCUGUCUCUGUAUUCUGUGUGUGUGGCUGGGUUUGGUGGGACAGAGGAGACAGUUCUGGUGAGUUGCAGAGACCCUGCAUAGCUGAGGGAGAUUUGGUUUUUUUUGAUUAAGAAUAAUCAACAGUGCAGCAAGAUUGAGACUGGUUUAUUAAAGACCUGCUGAAAGCUUUAAUUUUGCAUUAAAUUGGUAUAACUAUAUAAUAUAUAUAUAGGUAGAUAUAUAUUGGUAUAAUAUAUAUAAAUUGGUAUAUUCUAACUUCAACUAUCCAGUUCUUUAGAAAAUCUGGCACGCUUGAAAACUGUUUUGUUUUUCCUUUGCACGCUUUCUCAAUAAUAGAAGGGGAAAAUCAAAAUGUCUUGACUGUAUAGAGUUUGAACUGUGAGAGUUACACACUGGGGCAGUUGUUGAUUUGAUUUGUGUCCCUCAAAGGGCUCUGGUACCUCAGAGAUGUCACAGAGGCUUGGUAUGUUAUUUUGGGAGCUGGGUUCUGUUGCCCAGGCUGCACCACACUCUGGCCCUUUCCCUUGUGAGCUUCAGCUCAGGCCCCUGGGCCUUCAGCCAUGGUGGGAAUUGCCCAAGGCUCUGGAUUCUGGCUAGCAGCAGUGAAAAGUGUGAGCAUCUGACUGUGUUCAUCCACUCAGCCCAGCUGGAGCCUCGGCUCAGCACAGCCAUCCCCAGGCUUCGGUGACUGCACUUGCUGAUGGACUGGGUAAGGUGCAGCGCCCAGCCCAUGAAAUCCCAGGCAGUUUGUGUAGUAACAUGGCACAGCGUUCAUCCUGGUUUCUGAACAACCUGGAAUUCACUCCUUUCUCCCUUGGCAGUGUUUUCUGCUCUCAUUUCCCUCUGAGCACUCGCUGCUGGGAUACCCCAGGACAAGCCCAGUGUAUGGGAUGGAAACUGCUCCGUGUCUCACCAAGAGCUUCAAAGCCCGUUUGGUUUCCUGGGAGCAGUCGAUGAACUCGGCCUGGCUCGGGGUCCUGCUGGGAGGGUCAGCAUUCCCUGUGCCAGGAGGGGCAGAGCAGGACACCUUGUGAGAGCGUCGCCCUUGGGAAGGCUCCAUCCCCCUGCCUGCAGAAGGCACGGCAGAAAUGGGUGCUGAGAGCAGCACCACGGCAAUGAGGGGCUCAGGGAAAGGAACCAAACUCCCUCCGUGUGCCGGAGGCUCCGAGAGCUCUGCCAGAGGUGUCCCCCCCCUCCAUCCGAGCCCCCCGUGCUCCCCGUUUGUCCCAGUGCUGCGGGGCCCUGCCGGCCCUUUGCUCUGCUCUGCCUCCCUCUCCUCCCGGGGCUCCCUGUGGGAAUGCUCUGCUGCCCGCUGGAGCUGGGUGAGGAGCUGGGAUGCCGCCCGGGCUGCGGCUCAGGAUUGCCGUGGGGACAGAGACCCGAGGGAGCGCGGUGAGAGCGAGCCCGGGCUGGGCAGGCUGGGAGCCGAAUCCCAGGGCCUGCUGCGCUUCCCAGGAGGAUGCACAGAGUGGGCAGCCCAGGCACGGAGCUGAAUGCAUCCCCCUGCAAGCACAGAGCUGCUGGGCCUGGCUGUCCUUGCCAAGGGGACCAGGGGGCAGCUGGAAAAUAACCCAGGUGGGAUGGGGAGGAGCAGAGCUGGACUCGGCAGAGCCGCCUCAGGUCAGAGGACAUCGGCGCUGGCCCGGGGAUGGAGAUUUGCUUUUGGCCACCUUGUCUUUGUGCACAGCAGGUGUCACUUGGAGAAAUGGCCAGAGGAUGCAUUAAAUGCCUGCUCAAGGAGGAGCCCCUUGCUCCCUGCCUGCGGGCUGUGCAGUGUCCCUGUUCCCACCGUUUCCUUUGCCAUCUCCUGUGCUAACGUGGCUCCAGACUCCUCCUGCUCGCCAGAGCUUCGUCCUUCAGGGUCUGCAAAGGAGGGACAGAAAACACAUUUGCUCUCAGAGGUGGGAGAUGGGCUCCCCCAAAGGCAGGGAUCUGUGGGACGGUGGCUCCCAGCUUGGGUGUUUGUUCUGGGCUGUGAGGGCACCUCGGGACACCCCGAGGAGCAGGAGGCCAUUGGAGCUGCUGAGUGAAUCCUGCCAGCGCCGUGUCCAUCCCUGGCUGUCCCAACUGCAGGCAGGGCUGAGCCCCGAGGAGCAGCCACAGAGUCCUGCCAGCCCCGGCUCCCGCUGCUCCGGGUGCCAGCUCCCGGCUCUUCGGGGGAUCUGCGUGGAGGAGCUGAGGAACCAGAGCUCAGGUGGGAUUAGAUGAGCUCUGCUCUCCCUGCAAACCUCCAGCUCUCCACGGGAGCCUUCCUUCUCCCAGAGGUUCCAGUUUAAUCGAGUGGCAGUGGAGAAAAAAGGAAGCCAUUCCCCGUUGUCCUGGCACUCCAGGGUGACAGGUACUGCAAAGGGAAGGAGUCAGAGAUGGGGACUAGGAAUGUUUCCUCUUGCUUUUCCCAGCUAAAAGGGACUUUAAUCACAAUAGCUUGAGAUAUUAUUUGUUAUAUGACCUCAGUGAGGGCAUGUGGCCAUAUCUGCUGUAUUUAUGGAUACUUUAUUCCCUGUUCAAUCCUUUUCUUCCCCUUUGGCUCUCCACAGACCACAGGGGCAGUGAGGGAAAAGCCACAUCCAUGGACACAAAGGGGACCUUCCAUCCAGAGCAGCUCCUGGCCAUGGCUGAAAGAGCCGCGGGCAGAGAUUCCCGCUGGGCUGCGGGCACGGGGCAGGGCCGGGAGCUCCUGGGCAGCUCCCCCGGCAAUUCCCCGCCGCUCCCCCCGCAUCCCGCCCGGACACGCUGCGGAGAAUCCCGGCGGCCCCAGCUGGGAACUCGCUGAACUGGGAGCAAAGCUGAAGGGUUUGUCAGCGAGAGAGGCGGUGAUUUACAGAGCAAAGCAGAGUGGCAUUCCACACCGGGAAUUCGGGAUUUGGGAUGGUCCCAAUCCGUAAUCCAUAAUCUUUCUGCUCAGACCCAGGAUUGUUCUGGCUGGCAGAAGCUGCACCAAUCUCCCAGGAAUCUCAGUCUGCAUUUUCUUUUCUCCCGGUUCUCCCAAUCCUCACUUUGGGGGUGCAGUGCAGCCCUGCCCUGUCUAUCUCCUAGAAGAGUUUUGGGGUUCAAAGUGUUCUUUUAUAUUCUGCAGUGUUCAUAAUUUCAUUAAAAAGAAUAAAAACAUA